UAAUGGUUAAGAGACGAUAUCAACCUGGGAUAAUCUCAAUUCCUCGGCUGCGAAACCACGUGCCCUCACCCACGCAGUCCUCGCUGACAAUCUCCCCACUGCACGCACGCGCGCACUUCGGUACCGGCUCACUGUUCCCCGGGAACCGUGGAGAGCCCAGAGCGGCCCAUCACGCGCAAGGCCGGAGGUUCAAAUCGACAUCGAUAUCGUAAAGCAACUGAAACAGGUCCCACCGCUCCUGUCCAAUAGCGGUAGGAAGUUGAGUUCUGAGAGAAGCAGCGAGCAAGCCACAGAGGCACCGACCCCUCCGCGGGGCCGCCCCAGGCAGUAUUCCAUGCACAGAUCACUAAUUUUUGAUUCAUAAGAACCUGCUUACUGAAAAGUGUGCAUCAAGCCACGGGUUGAAUUUUCAGCAAAAAAAGAUUAAGCAGAGAAUGGAGAGGAAGGUUGACUCCAGGUCUUUUAGGGACAGUGCAGUAAAGAAACCUUAUUCUCCAAAGAUACUGUCCACAAAGAAGUCCUCUGCAUUUUCUGGGAGCCGGAGUGAGAUAUCUAGGGCCAGUCACCCAGUGAAGUACCGUCCCUCACAGGCCUGGACCCGAAGGGGCCGGCUCAGAGCACUGCGUGUCAGAUGCGUGGCCAGAAAGUACUUGUAUUUGUGGAUUCGAAUGACUUUUGGAAGAGUAUUUCCCUCUAAAGCCAGGCUUUACUAUGAACAAAGAAUUCUGCGAAAGGUCUUUGAAGAAUGGAAAGAAGAGUGGUGGGUUUCCCAUCGAGAGUGGAAACUCCGUGUUCGAGCUGACUGUCACUACAGAUAUUACUUGUACAGCCUGAUGUUCCAGACCUGGAAGACCUACGUGUACCAGCAACGGGAAAUGAGGAGCAAGUACCUGAGAGCUGAGAAUCAUGAUGCAAAGCAAAAGAUGCGACAGGCCUGGAAGUCCUGGUUGAUCUACGUGGUUUUCCGUAGGACCAAACUUGAGAUGCAGACCACUGCCCUGGAGUUCAGGCGGCAGAGUAUUCUGUGGGUGUGCUGGAGUGCGUGGAGACGGCAACUGGACCAAGUCCACCUAGGCCGGGCCCUCCAGGCCAUGGCCGUGAAGCAGCGGGCCCGGAGCCUCCAGCUUCAGGCUUGGUCUCGGUGGCAGGAGCAGCUCCUGUUUGUCCGGAGGGAGAGACGGAAGAUGGUCUCUGCAGUGAAACACUUUCAGCGCCGCCAGCAGUGGAGAGCCCUCGGGGCCUGGCUGGAGUUCCUGCAGCUGCGCAGAGAGAAGGGGCUUCGGAACCAGGUGGCCGAGCGAUUCCACCACGUCACCCUGCUCCGGACCCACUUCUGUGCCUGGUGGCAGGCCUGGGAGCGGAGGGAGAGCCUGCAUGCCCACCACGCGCAGGUGGAGGGGCUGGCCGGGAGGAUGCUGCUGCGGAGGGCCUUGACUCACUGGAAACACUACGUGCUGCUGUGCACAGAAGCGGCUGAGCGGUGGAAGGCGGCGAGAGAACACCACAGGCGCGGCCUGCUGCAAUUUUGCUUUAAAGCCCUGAAGGACAAUGUGACCCAUGCCCGUCUCCAACGGAUAAGAAGGAAUCUUGCUCACCAGCAGCGUGAUGUCAUGCUGCUGCACAGGGUCUGGAACCUCUGGCAGUUGCGGCUCGAGCAGAGGGAGGAAAGAGAGCAGCUGCCCUCCCUGCGUGCUGCCUGGGACCACAGCAGAAUAACAUUGCUUCGCAAGUGUUUCCAGUUGUGGUCACAGUCCACCCAGAAGAGGCAGUCCCAGCAGCUGUUGCAGGCCAGAGCAGACGGCCACUUCCAGCAGAGAGCCCUGCCUGCAGCCUUCCAGGCCUGGAGGAGACUCUGGCGGUGGCGUCAGCAGCAGCGAGCCCUCGAGGCCCGGGCCGCGUGCUUUCACAGGGAGAUGUUAGAGAAGCAGGUGUUUGCCGUCUGGUGUCAGAAGAUGUCUCAGCAUCGAGAACACCGCUUAGCAGAGAGGAUGGCCGUGCUCCAUGCAGAGCGGCACCUUCUGCAGAAGUCGUGGUCCACGUGGCGCCAGCAGGCAGCGGCACACCGCCUGGAGCGGCAGCGGCGUGCACUGGCCUGUGCCCACCACCACCUCGGGCGGCUCAGCAAGGCCUUCUGUGUCUGGAGGGAGGGCGCCCGAGGGCUCAGAACAGAGAGGACGGGCAAUGUGCGGGCUUCACGGUUCCACGCGGCGUGGCUUCUGCGCUGGGCCUGGACCAGGUGGCGGGAGGUGUAUCAGAGCCGAGUGUGGCGCAUGCUGCAGGAGGCGGCUGCCAGGGAGAGCCAGCACAAGAGGCGGCUGCUGCGGCGCGUGUUACGUCGCUGGAGAGAGAACACCGUGGCCCAAGCGGACGAAGCGAAAAAGACGUCCCGGGUGGCAGCUCACUACAGAAGGACACUGUGCUCCAAGGUCCUGCUUGAGUGGCGAGAGGCAGCAUCUGUGCAGGUGUAUUACCGAGAGCAGGAGGAUGGGGCUCUCAGGGAGGCCCAGCUGGUGCUGAGUAGGGGCCGUCUCAGGACCUGGUUUUGGCGCUGGCGGGACCGAAGCCGGAGGGCUGCCCGGCAGAGGGUGCAGAUGGAGCAGGCAGUGCAGCAUUACUGCCAGAAGCUGCUGCAGGAGGCCCUGGCCCGGUGGAAGGCGCACCAUCAGGGCUGCGUUAGGAAGAGGCUGCGGCAGAGGCAGGCCGCCCGACUCCUGGCCCAGACGCUCAGCCGGGCCUGCUUCCACCAGUGGAAACGGCAGCUGGUGGACAGGAGGCAAGAGCGGCAGCUCACGGCACGGGCCCUGUGGUUCUGGGCCUUCUCCCUGCAGGCGAAGGCCUGGGCUGCCUGGCGGGGCUUCGUGCAGGAGAGGAGGAGGAAGAAGGCGCGGGAGGAGCAGGCGGUGCAGGCCUACCACCAGCAGCUCCUCAGGGAGGGCGUCGAGUGCCUCCUGCGCUUUGCGGCGGGCAUGAAGGCCUUCCGGCAGCAGCUGCACGCCCAGCAGCAGGUGCAGGCGGCCCACAGUCUCCACCGUGCAGUGCGUCACUGUGCCACGCUCUGGAAACAGAAGGCGCUGGGCCAGGGCAGGGAGCCGCAGCCCCCUGCGCCCACUGAGCCCAGCAGAAGAGUGACGUUUGAGCGUCCCCUUCCCAGCCACGUUGCUGCCGGGGCUGGCGAUGCCCCCCUGGAGACCAGGAGACCACCAGCUCCUCGGGGGCUUUGGGGAGCCUUGGACAGCCUGGCGUCAGCCCCCGGCGAGCCCCAGCUCCUGGGGCUCAAUGCUGCCCGCCGGGCACGGAAGCAGCCACGACGCCCAAGCUUCCUGGUGGAGCCCUUGCAGAGCCAGGCGCCCCUGGGGUGCGGCCCCCUCAGCAGGCAGGGGUCCGAGGCCCUGUGGGAGCGUGGCCUACACCAGGUCCAGCCAGUGGGCCCCGCCCGGGCAGCACUGGACCCAAGCAGCCCCCUGCCACGUGCCCCCAGCCUGAAGCCGCCACCCACGGCGCACCCGGGCCCAGAGCUGCUGCCCCCGUCCUCGUUUGCGCCACGUGGGGCCCAAGUCCCCAUUCGGGGCAACGGACGGUCGAUGGUCGUCGUUGGAAGGGGUGAAAGCUCGGUACAGCUGGCAGCGGCUGCUCUGGUGGGGUCGGGUGUGGAAGUAAGAGGGCAAGGCCAGCUGUCAGCCCAGCCGAUGACCCCUGGGCUUCCGUCCCAGAUCCCUUUGUCCCUGGCCGGUGUCCCCAGCCCCCGUCUGCUCCUUCCUGGGGACUUUCGGGGCACCAGGCCUGGGCCUGGCUCUGACCCUGCAGCUGUGUACCGGGGGCCUGUCAGCACCUCGAGAGGGGGCGCCCCUCCUGGCAGCUCGGCUCAUCCUGCACUGAGCCAGGAGGCUGGCCGAAAUCAAGCCUGUUCUCCUGUGGGCACUGGCCACAGCAACCUGGAGGCUGAGCUUGAGGGCAUCCGGCAGCAGCUGCAGGACUACCAGACCACGAGGCAGAACCUCAGCUGCAGGCUCUGCCUGGGCAAAGCUGGGCAGCGGGUGCCUUACACCCUCAGGUCCUGCCAGCGGCAAGCGCACAGCCUGAGGCGGUGGCUAGAGCUGAGCAGGGAGGAGCCCCAGCCUGAGGACCAGGAAGCUGAGCAGCAGGUUGAGGAGGAGCUUCGGAAGGUGAGGCGCGGGCGGCCAGGAGGGCUCCUGGGCGGGGCUUCCUCUCAGCCGGCCCCCUGUCCCUCAGGUGGAGGUGCAGAUCCAGCAGCUGGCCCACGAGCUGCAGGCCCGGCGCCAGCCUGUCCACACCUGCAUCGCUCGGGUCCAGGCCCUGCGGCAGGCUCUGUGCUAGUCACCACGUCCAGGCAAAGAAUGCAGAGCGGCAAUGUUUUUUAGUUUAUUUCAAAAUGUUGCAAUUAAAUGAAUCACUGUU